GGGAAGCUUCAUCGCUGCGAGAUUAUGCCGCCACCACCAUGAAUGAGUUCCUGGGCAUGUUCGGCUAUGAUGAUCAGAACAUGCGGGAUGAGCUGGCCCGCAAGAUCAGCUUCGACAAGCUGAACGCUGCUACCUCAGAGGCCACUGCAACUGCUGCCUCUCUCCCUGGCGAGGAUGCCAUGAGCAAACGAGCCCGCUUCUCCAAAUACGAGGAGUACAUCCGCAAACUGAAAGCUGGAGAGCAGCUCUCUUGGCCCAUGCACUUGGCCAAAUCUGAGGAGCUGGGCUCCAAGCUGGGCAAAGAAACUUCCUCAGUGCUGGCACAGCCCAUUCGGGUGCCAGGUCCAGAUGCCUCCAUGCUGACGGAGACCAAAGCCACCAUCUUGCCGCUGCCCUCUCCCAGCAGUUCCCAGAUGCAGGGCCUGAUGUCACGGACCUCCAAAUACGACUUCUUCAUUCAGAAGCUGAAGACUGGUGAAAGCAUCAGGCCACAAAACGGCAACACUUACAAGAAGGCCUCCAAGUAUGACCUAGAAAAUGUCAAGUACUUGCACCUUUUCAAGCCUGGAGAAGGAAGCCCAGACAUGGGAGGAGCCAUCGCCUUCAAGACAGGCAAGGUAGGCCGGCCUUCCAAGUAUGAUGUGAGGAACAUUCAGAAGCUUACUCCAGUGAAAGCUCCAACACCCAGCCUGGCCCCUGCUCCCCUCACCAGUACCCCCAGCGGCACUCCUGUGGCUGGGCCAGAGCAGUCCGUCUCAUUGCCAUUCAACACUCCUGAGUACCUGAAAUCAACUUUCUCCAAGACAGACUCCAUCACAACUGGAACAGUCUCUACAGUAAAGAACGGAUUACCCACUGACAAACCAGCUGUCAGCGAAGACGUAAAUAUUUACCAGAAGUAUAUUGCCAGGUUCUCUGGCAGUCAGCACUGUGGACAUAUACACUGUGCAUACCAGUAUCGAGAACAUUACCACUGCCUUGACCCAGAGUGCAACUACCAGAGAUUCACUAGCAAACAGGAUGUGAUUCGGCAUUACAACAUGCACAAGAAACGUGAUAAUUCCCUCCAGCACGGCUUCAUGCGCUUCAGCCCCCUGGAUGACUGUAGCGUGUACUAUCAUGGCUGCCACCUGAAUGGGAAAAGCACACACUACCACUGCAUGCAGGUGGGUUGUAACAAGGUCUAUACAAGCACCUCUGACGUGAUGACCCAUGAGAACUUUCACAAGAAGAACACGCAGCUCAUCAACGACGGGUUUCAGCGGUUCCGCGCCACGGAGGACUGCGGCACUGUGGAAUGCCAGUUCUACGGGCAGAAAACCACUCACUUUCACUGCAGGCGACCUGGGUGUACAUUCACCUUCAAGAACAAGUGUGACAUUGAGAAGCACAAGAGCUACCACAUCAAAGAUGAUGCCUAUGCCAAGGACGGCUUCAAGAAGUUCUACAAGUAUGAGGAAUGCAAGUAUGAGGGCUGUGUGUACAGCAAGGCCACCAACCACUUCCACUGCAUAAGGGCAGGCUGUGGCUUCACUUUCACCUCCACCAGCCAGAUGACCUCCCAUAAACGCAAACAUGAGCGCCGGCACAUCCGGAGCUCAGGAGUGCUGGGCCUGCCUGCCUCUCUUCUGGGGUCCAAGGAUAAUGAGCAAGAGGAGUCCAGUAAUGAUGACCUUAUUGACUUCUCUGCUAUGAGCUCGAAGAACUCCAGCCUGAGUGCCUCCCCCACCAGUCAACAGUCUUCCGUUUCUCUCAUAGUCCCAGCUGCACCCUCCUCUGCUGCUGAGCUUGCUUCCUCCCAGGCCAGCAAGUCUGCCAACAGUAUGACACCAGCCACCAAGAUCUCUGGCCUGCUCUCCCAAGCUCUUCCCAGCAAUAUACCUUUGGCCCUGGCACUCUCCAACUCAGCACUUCCUGGAACAGCUGGAUCCUUCUUCCCCAUCAUCCCCAGUCGGGUCUCUACACCACUUCCUGCCAGCUCAGCUAAUCUGAUGACUGCUGGUUCUUCUGGCACCAAUCCAUCAUCAUCUGCUCCUACGGAUUCCUCAUCCCAGGCCGUUCCAGGAUCCAGUGAGCCAGCAGCUACUUCUUCUCCAGCUCCAGCAGCAUCUAUAAUGGAAAGAAUCUCUGCUAGCAAGGGAUUAAUCUCUCCUAUGAUGGCCAGGCUGGCGGCAGCUGCACUCAAGCCUUCUGUGGCACUUGAAGCAGCAGGGAAUGGACAACCAGCAGCUCCCGGACGGUUCAAUCCAGUUCAGGUGAAGCAGGAACCUGUGGAGGCCAUGGGAUCGUCAUCUGCCACCAGUCAGGACUCCUUGCAGGAGCACAGCUUGGACCUGAGCGUCAGGGAUCAUGGUAAUGAAUCAAAUGGCCACACAGUCUCGGCAAAUUCAUCUCUUUUAUCCUCGCUUAUGAAUAAGAUGUCCAAGACCAGUGCCAGCCUUGGCAACCUGCUCAACAUUAAGACAGAAGGAGAUGGCAGCCAGGCUGGGGCUGGAGAGCCAACACAGUACUUGGGCAAGGCGGUGAAGGCACUUGUCCAGGAGAAGCUCUCAGAGCCAUGGAAGAUGUACCUGCGCCGGUUUGGUACCAAGGACUUCUGCGAUGCGCAGUGCGACUUUCUCCAUAAGGUGCAUUUCCACUGUGUCGUGGAGGAAUGCGGUGCCCUCUUCAGCACCCUGGAUGGAGCCAUCAAGCACGCCAAUUUUCACUUCCGAACUGAGGGUGGAACUGUGAAAAGUAACUCUGAGUCUCCCUUCUCAACUGCUACUGAGAAUAAGGCUUCAAUGGCCCCUUCAUCACCAUCCGCUACGUCUGCCACCAUGGCGAGCGCUCCUGCCCUUGAUGUGCCCACUCCAAGUCCAGCUACUGUGCCCUCUGCCCCCACACUGCUAGCUUGGAAGCAGCUGGCUUCAACCAUACCCCAGAUGCCUCAGAUCCCAGCAUCAGUGCCUAACCUGGCAACUUCACCCUUGGCAACGACUUCCCUGGAGAACGCCAAGCCUCAGGUCAAACCCGGAUUUCUCCAGUUCCAGGAGAAUGAUCCCUGCCUGGCAACAGACUGCAAGUACGCCAACAAAUUCCACUUCCACUGUCUCUUUGGGAACUGCAAGUAUGUGUGCAAAACCUCUGGCAAAGCAGAGUCCCACUGCCUGGACCACAUCAACCCCAACAAUAAUUUGGUGAAUGUGCGAGACCAGUUUGCUUACUAUUCGCUGCAGUGUCUCUGUCCAAACCAGCACUGUGAAUUCAGGAUGCGAGGGCAUUACCACUGUCUUCGGCCAGGCUGCUACUUUGUGACUAACAUCACCACCAAGCUGCCCUGGCAUGUGAAAAAACACGAGAAGGCAGAGAGAAGGGCAGCCAAUGGCUUCAAGUAUUUUACCAAGCGAGAGGAGUGUGGCAGACUAGGUUGCAAAUACAACCAGGUGAACAGCCACUUCCACUGCAUUCGUGAGGGCUGCCAGUUCUCCUUCCUGCUCAAGCACCAAAUGACAUCCCAUGCCAGAAAGCACAUGAGAAGGAUGCUGGGGAAGAAUUUUGAUCGUGUUCCUACUCAGGUUAUUGGCCACACUCCAAGAAAUGAAAAUCUCCCCCAGGUUGGCAGCAUGGCACCCAGCCCAGCCUCAUCAGGAACCCCAGCUUCCUUUCAGGGACCCCCAAGCAUGAUGGACACUGAGACGGAUGAGUACAUGGACUACACUGGCUGUAGCCCUGGGGGCAUCUCCUCGGAAUCUUCCAAUAUGGACCGCAGCUGCUCCAGCACUCCAGUGGGCAAUGAAAGUACAUCAGCAGGCUGCCUGGUUCCUUCUACUGCUACUGCUGCUGCCGAUGAUGCUACCCACAAUGCACCACAACCUCAGCCACCAUCUCUGCCUCCAUCUUUCUCACAAGCCCUGCUUAGGUCUCCCCUUCCCACCCUCCCCUAUCUCUUCUCUCCAUCUUGUCUCUCAUACUCUCUGCUCAGUGCCACUCUUGGAUCCAGCAGAGGCAUUGUCAUGCCUGCCGUCAGCACCACUGGGUUUUCGCCCAUCAUUGCCACUCCAACUCCAGUAAAAAGUGACGUUCCCUUAGUUCAGGAUGCAGCAGGGAAUACCAUCACUAUGCCAACUGCCUCAGGGGCCAAAAAGCGUUUCUGGAUUAUCGAGGACAUGUCCCCAUUUGGCAAGCGUCGCAAGACUGCAUCCUCACGCAAGAUGCUGGAUGAAGGGAUGAUGCUGGAGGGAUUUCGGCGCUAUGACCUCUACGAGGACUGCAAGGACUCCAGCUGCCAAUUCUCUCUCAAGGUUACCCACUACCACUGCACGCGGGAGAAUUGCGGCUACAAGUUCUGUGGCCGUACCCACAUGUACAAGCACGCCCAGCAUCACGAUCGCGUUGACAACCUGGUAUUGGAUGAUUUCAAACGCUUCAAGUCUUCACUGAGUUGCAACUUCCCAGACUGUCAGUUCUCUGGCAAUAGCACACACUUCCACUGUCUGCGCUGUGGCUUCCGCUGCACUGACAGCACCAAGGUGACAGCCCACCGUAAGCACCACGGCAAGCAGGACGUCAUCAGCGCUGCCGGCUUCUGCCAGUUCAGCUCAAGCGUGGACUGCGAGGUGCCUGACUGCAAGUACAAACUCAAGUGCUCCCACUUCCACUGCACCUACCCUGGCUGCAAACACACAGUGGUGGGCAUGUCGCAGAUGGACUCGCACAAGCGCAAACACGAGAAGCAGGAGCGAGGGGAGCUUCCUGCCAUCUCUCCUGGCCCCGAGGGCCUUGCCCACUCCACUCUCGAGUAUGACAUCCAGAACUCUUCCAUCAACCUGGACAGCUCCCUCAACCUCAGCACUGACAACAACAGCUCCCUCUUCUUCCUGCAGAACGCGGCUGGUGUGGGCCUCAAUGAUUCCCUGGACCUCAGCAAGAAGCAGUCAGAAGUCACUGAAGGUCCAUCACCGAGCAGAGGCGGGACCGCACCUCAGGAGAGGGAGGCGGUGGCAUCUGGCUCUGGUGAUGUAGAGGACGAGGAUGACUCUUCCCAAGAGGAUGAAGAGGAUGAUGAGAUGAAUGAAGAAGAGGAGGAUGAUGAAGAGGAGGAGGAUGAUGACGAUGAUGAGGAGGAUGAUGAAGACCUGAACACAGAUUCUGAAGAAUCGCUGCCUGACCCUGAGGGCCUGGCCACUAAAGAAGAUGGAGAACCAGAGCAGGCUGCUUCUUCCACAGACCAUGGUGAUGCUUCCAGGCCACAGGGUGAGCCAGCCCUUACUCCAGCCCCAAAUCCUGCUCCAGCCCCAGCUGCUGCCCCGACCUCUACCACCACUCCAGCAGCUUCUCCUUAA